UUUAUAAAGAGUCACACAGCCUCCAAUUCCUCGUACGCAAAAAAUAAUUUUUUUAAAUCCCUGAAUAUACCAUAUCUUAUAUCCUUGCCCCUUCAUAGCACCUAACCAUGCCCAAAGACGAGUGCACUUCCCCUACAACCUUCUCUCGGUCUUCAUCCUUUGAGUCUACUCAUGCUCCUACUCUUCCUCCAAUCCCUGCUCCCUCUUCUUUCUCACAAUCUCUAGAUAAUCGUCCAGGGGUUAUGAUUAUCGGCGCCGGACUAGGCGGUCUUUUACUGGGCGCACUUCUAGAGCGGAUUGGCAUCCGAUACCAUAUAUUUGAACGUGCUUCUAAGUUGCGGCCGUUAGGCGCCACGAUGACUUUAUCAUCUCCAAUCCUUCCAGUGUUUGAGCAACUGGGCCUUCUGGACGAGAUCAUAAAAUUCUCAUAUCCAUGUCCUCAAAUAGACAUCUAUGAUGCUGACUUAUCCUCCUUGGGAAGUUAUAAAUUUCAUGCCAUGGAACGCCUAACGGGCUAUCCUAUAAGGCUUUUUGCGAGACCUCGUCUCCACGAGUUGCUUCUUCGUCAAAUCCCUCCACACAAGAUUAGUCUUGGCAAGAAAGUCCUCAAGAUCGAUUAUGCAGCCAUGGAGAAAGAUAAAGACAGUUCAGCGAUUAUCCAUUGUUCUGAUAACACGAGUUAUCAAUGGGAUAUGGUCGUUGGAGCCGAUGGAGCCUAUUCUGGUGUCCGUCAAAGCAUGUACAGACAUAUGAAUGGACAAGAGAAAUUACCCAAGCAGGAUCAGAAAUCUCUCCUUGCAGGUCAUAUUACCAUCCUUGGUGUCACACGACCCAUGGACCCUGAAAAGUAUACACAGUUGAAAAAUACGACAUCUGCGACUGUUUCACAGACUGUUUAUCCCGAUCGCACUGGUUGUCAUGUUGCAAGUCUUCCUGGAAAUCAAAUCAGUUGGGCUAUCUGCGUCCAACUCACCCCUCAAGAAGCCAAGGACCAACAAUUUAGAAACUCAGAAUGGGUGUCUGAUGUAAAUGAUGCCUUCAUCCGUCGAUUCCGUGAUCGACCCUGUGUUUGGGGCGGCACUAUGGGGGAUAUCAUUGAUGCCACGCCUAGGGAAUUAAUCUCCAAAGUAUAUCUGGAAGAAAAGAUGUUUAAAACCUGGUAUUAUAAGCGGACAGCACUCCUUGGAGAUGCAUGCCACAAGACUAAAAAGGAACGUUUCCUACGGCGCAUUUUGUUGGGAUGUGUCCCUCAAUGGGUUUAUGAUCGAGAGUUUAAUAAGUGGCUCAAAUAUCGUCCUCAGUUGUCUUGGUUACCUUUGAUCGAAAAGCGUGGCACCGGUGAGAGACUGCCAGUGUAUUCAUCGUGGAAAUUUCUCUUGCAACAACGACAGCUGGAGCUGGAGCAACAGGUUCUGGAAAAGUUAAAACAACAGAGACUUCAACAAGAACGAGAACAAAAACAAGAACAAGAACAAGUAAUACAUAGGCAAUGGUGGUAG